AUGGAAAGGUCUCAGCCGCUUCCCUCAUCCUCUACCUCCUCCUCUUCCCCAAUCCCUUCGUCUCUCCCGCCGCCACCGCCGCCGCCUCCGCCGCGCCAUCCGUCGCGGAGUCGCGGAGUCGGUGGCGCCACAGAGCUCCGCCAUGUCGUCUUCGGCAUUGCCUCCUCUUCUUUAAGCUUCAUCGCGCGGAAAGAGUACAUUCGGCUUUGGUGGCGGCCGGGGUGCUUCGUCUUUCUCGAGAAGAGCUUGAAUUCUUCAGGCGGUGAUGAGAAUCUUCCGACUGUUGUUGUUUCUGAUGCUUCGUCUCGGUUUCCGUUUACUUUCAAGUAUGGAUUGAGAUCGGCGGUUCGAGUGGCUCGGAUUGUGAAGGAAGUCGUCGAAACCCUAGGUCGAGGUAAAGGCUUGCGCCAUGGUGAUGUCAAGUGGAUUGUGUUGUGUGAUGAUGACACACUGUUCUUUACAGAGAAUCUCAUCAAAACCUUAGGAAAGUAUGAUUGGGAGCAGUGGUAUUACAUUGGAGGGUUAUCAGAGAGUGUGGAACAGAAUUCUAAGAACUCAUUUGGGAUGGCCUUUGGAGGUGCGGGGUUUGCUAUCAGUUACCCAUUGGCUAGAGUUUUGUCCAAGGUUCUGGAUUCAUGCCUCAUGAGGUAUGGUCAUUUGUAUGGAAGUGAUGCUAGGGUCUUCGCAUGCUUGGCAGAGCUAGGCGUUGGGUUGACUCAUGAGCCAGGGUUCCAUCAGGUUGACCUUCGCGGGGAUCUGUUUGGAAUGUUAAAUGCACAUCCAUUAGCACCUCCAGUUUCACUUCAUCAUUUAGAUACCGUGGAUCCAUUAUACCCUGGAAAGAACCGCUUGGAAGGUUUAAAGCAUCUAUUUGAAGCUAUAGAUGCAGAUCCAGGAAGGGUUUUUCAACAAAUUAUUUGUUAUGAUAACUCAAACUUGCUUACAGUUUCAGUUUCCUGGGGAUAUGCGGUUCAGGUAUAUGAAGGCAAUUUACUUCUUCCGGACCUCUUGUCUUUGCAAAGGACAUUCACCCCAUGGAGGAGAAGACAUUAUUCUACUUCUGAUAUAUUAUAUAUGUUUAAUACAAGGGAAUUUCCCCGGGAUCCAUGUAAAAGACCGGCUGUUUUCUUUCUUGAUAAGGUGCUUUGUUCCAAUGAUAGGGUUGAGAGUAGUUAUAAGAGAAAUAUCUCUGGAAAUUGUCAGCAAACUGAGGGUCCAUCAAAGUAUUUACAGAAGAUUAGUGUCUCCUCAGAAAAACUUGAUGUUCAGAUUAGACAGUUGCUGGCUCCUAGACGGCAUUGCUGCGAUGUUUUAGCUUCUUCAGAAAAGAUGAUGGAGAUAAAUAUUCGACAAUGUAAAGAUGAUGAGUUGAUUGCUAUGAAGCCAUAGUAAUUGCUAGGUGAAUUUGGUCCCAGAUAGAGCUGAGAUUACCAUCUGCCCAAAGGUAAUCCUACUGCUUGCAUGCUUGUAUUUACAUUUCAAGCUAAAAAUACUAAAAGGGUUGCAUUUUAUCUAAAGAUGUUGUGGCCUUAACAGAAGGUAACACCAUGAUGACAUAGCAUUGGCAUCUGCAAUGUAAGCAGAUCUAAAGAACUUACAGAGAUCUAAAGAGGCUGACGGUUUCAUAUACUAUGUAAAGGAAGGUAACCAUGCAAGUUCAGACUUGUUGGUAAAAUAUGAUGUGUGUGACUACUGCAUGCCUAUGGUCAAUGUGACUUGCUGGUGUCUUCACAAUUUUUAUUUUUAUUUUUUUGGUUUCUUUAAUGAAAAUUUUGCACUGUAGAGUAGACAAAUCUGCCUCCUAUUUUAUCACCUAGGAAAGGCAUGUAUGACGAUGGUUUUUCUCUAAUCUAAUAAUUGGUUCUAUGCUUGCUUA